CUCUGACCGCUAAGGGGCGGGAUUGCUACUUGAAUGUAAACCGAACAACCACAAUAAAACUUGCCUCUUUCCUUCAUUAAAAGCGGUUAAAGUUGUUUUACAGAUAGUUGCCAGGAAUACAUGACAUUGGAUGCGAUUUUAAGGAGCGUCUGAAGUGAGUCUGUUUCUGUAGCAACGUCUAACAAACUAGACCAGCAAGUCAUGGUCCGCAUCAGUGAGGAUCUGAUCCGCCGCAGAGCAGAGCACAAUAACGGAGAGAUCUUCUCCCUUGAGGAGCUUUCCCUUCAUCAGCAGGACAUCCAGAGAAUCGAGCACAUCCACAAGUGGUGCAGAGACCUCAAAAUCCUUUAUUUACAAAACAACCUCAUCCCUAAAAUAGAAAAUGUCGGCAGGCUAAAGAAGCUGGAAUAUUUAAAUCUGGCACUGAACAACAUUGAGGUCAUUGAGAAUUUGGAAGGUUGCGAGAGCUUACAGAAACUAGACCUGACAGUGAAUUUUGUGGGUAGGCUGAGCAGUGUGGAGACGCUGAAGCACAACCUUCAUCUCAAAGAGCUCUAUCUGGUGGGAAACCCCUGUGCUGAAUACCACGGGUACAGACAGUAUGUGGUGGCAACAGUGCCUCAACUACAGUCGUUGGAUGGGAAAGAAAUUAGCCGAGCUGAGCGUAUCCAGGCCCUGCAGGAACUGGAUGCAGUGAGGACACGUGUCUUACAGCAGGAAACAGAGUAUUUAGAGGAAAGAGAGAAGCAGAAGAGCAAUGCGAAUGAGCAUCCUGAAAUAAACCAAUCGCUCUCUGAGAGCCAAAAUGGAACCCAACAGUAUCCAGAAUCAAGCUCCAAGACUCACACAGAGGCAGAGGACGAGGAGAGGGAAUUCUGGGAGAAGCCGUGCCCAUUCACACCAGAGUCCAGACUAGAGGCCCAUCGCCAUCUGGAGGAGAAGAGGAGAGCCAAUGAGAAAGAGAAAGAGAAGCCAAAAACCAAAACUCCAAGAACACUGAUCACUCCAGACGGACGUGUGCUGAAUGUCAACGAGCCUAAGUUGGACUUUAGUCUUUCUGAAGAUGAAAACAACUGCCUGCUUCUGGAUUUAAAUGUUUACAGGCAUAUGGACUCUUCGCUGCUGGAUGUGGAUGUUCAGCCAAUGUAUGUGAGAGUGACCGUCAAAGGAAAGGUGUUCCAGUUAGUUUUGCCUGCAGAAGUGAAACCUGACAGCAGCUCAGCACAGAGAUCCCAAACCACCGGCCACCUGCUCCUCAUCCUGCCUCUGGCAAAUGAAGAUGUAAAACCAAAGAAACGCUCCAUAAGGCCGACCAGUGUUACCAGUAACCAGAAUAACAAGAAGGACACCAGGGCAGCGCCGAGGCGUGAAUUAUUGGAGGUGGAUCCUGGUUUGGCUGGGAGUCUGGCCAACAUUGUUCCCAAAGGACAGGAGUCUUCCCACAAUCCCCAGCGCUGUGGCUUGGAGGAAAGGCCUGUGUCGAAGGACUUUGUGGACGAUCCAGAAGUGCCUCCACUUGUGUGAGCGAAACACACAGAGAAAGAGAGAGAGAGAGAGAGAGAGAGAGAGAGAGAGAGAGAGAGAGAGAGAGAGAGAGAGAGAAUAUGCUUGAUAUGACACAGCAAGAGAGCAUAAGCAUAAUCACACUCUCUGCUGAGCUUGUGGAAGUGUGUGUGUGUGCGCAAUGAAAUAAUGCAAGAUAUAUUUAGCUGUCUUGGUUAGACGUAUAGUUGAGCUGAUGAGUAAUUGAAAGGCUCAUUAAAGCUGGCUGAUGAAUAUUUCACCGCUGUAGAUCCUUCACUUUCAAUGUUCUCUGUCACACACACAGACAUUCAUUUAUUGAUAAACAGUCAUGUCUGUUUGUUUUAAUGGUUUAAUGUCAGAUGUUGGCGUUAAACUAAAAUGUUAAUAUUGUAAUCAGUGAAGCUUUUUGGAAUGGAAAUGCCAGUUUUGUGUUUUGUUUCUGACAGAUUUCCUUUUAUUUUUGAUGUGCUCUAUGAAUAAACACCAAAACCAUGAUAAAACACAAAUAAAUGACAUACAUUUUUAUUUCUUUUAA